UUAACGGGAACCAGAUUCAAAGAGAAAAAUGGCCGACCUGGAUUAAUGACAAUGUAGCUCUGUUUAUUUACUGUGUAUUCCCCUUAUAUCAGAUGAUUGGCUUUCAAAUGAAUCUAAACCAUGAGGCAUAUUAACUGCAUAGAGAACAUUGACAAUUUAAGAGCAUUAAUAAAACAGGAUUUACGAGAACUUGGCAUAAAACUUCCAAAGGGAAAAAAGUUGAAAAAGCAGUCCCAAUACACAAAACAACACGCUCAACAGGAAAAUGCUGAAAGUAAUGGAGUAUUUGAAAAUUUACUUGCACAGGUUGCAUGUGUCCACAUUCCAAACUGUGGAUAUGUGCCACGAUUUUUGGUAGAUGCUGCAGAGAUAAUUAAAAAGAAUAUUGACCAAGAGGGUUUAUUUAGAAAGUCUGGAGCUGUUAGCAGGAUAAAGGAACUGAAAGAAAAGAUAGAAAAGGGAGAAGAUUUGGGUAGUGCUAAUAUUGUCGAUGUCACAGUCCUUAUAAAACAGUUCUUCAAAAGCUUGCCAGAACCACUAUUCACUAGCACCUACCAUGAUGCUUUCAUACGGUGUAUACAGCUACCCAACAAGGAUGAUUCUUACAGGGCUUUGUUAUUGCUAUGUCUUUUACUUCCUGGAGAACACAUAAGUACAAUACGAUAUAUGAUGAGUUUGCUCAAACUUAUUUCGGAACACUCUGACAAAAAUAAAAUGGAUGCUACAAACUUAUCUGUAGUUUUAGCUCCAAACUUUCUUUAUUUGAAUAGUAAAAGUGAAAAGAUGAACUCUGUGGAGGAGAAACUUCUUCAGUUUCAGACCUCUGUUGUUGAAGUGCUAAUUCGUAAUGCUGAAGAGAUUGGUUUUAUAUCAGACAGUUUAUAUGAGCGUACCUUGCUAAUGACCGAAGUGUUUGGGACAGAUGAUGAGUUAGAUGCUAGCUGUGAAGGUUUAGAGGAAUCUAGAGAUUGUAAAAAGAAAGAGAAGAAAAGAAAAAGAACUGGAUCUUUUACAGGCAAGGGAAAUAAAACAUUUUCUCGAUGCAAAAAAGGUAUAGUUAGUACCAUAGCGCAAAGUAUAACAAAGUGGAGACGGAGCACUGAUGGUAAAACUAACAAUGUCAGUAACAUGAGUCAGGCCAGUAACAUCAGUGAUUACAGUCAUGUCAGUACAAAAUGUAACAAGAGCACAGCAGUCCAUGAGGAACCACAACCUGUAGAUCUGUCAGCAGCAACACCAGUUGUGAUGAGGAAACGGAAAGCAUCUGGGGAUGUGGUAGCUUUCUCUACGUCUAAAAAAAAAGCCAUUUUACAGAAUUUACCUCAAGGCUCAGCUUUACGAAAUACACCAUUUACACCUGCAACAGCACUCAGAAAUAUGGAUAUAAAAAAGGGAAGCCUUGAUACUCCUAGUAUUGCCUUUAGCAACAGGGCCCAAGUGGCUUUCAGUGCCACACCUUCAACAAAUGGAAAGGGAUCAAGAAAAAGAUUAAAUUUGUUUAGUCCAGGCAGUAUGAGAAAGAAUAAGAAGAAUGCUUCUGGUUCUAAUAUAUCUGCUCAUAAUGCUUUAAAGAAGGGAAAGCCAGCUGGUAAAGGUCUAUUUAGGAGACUAAGUGGAGGCAAAGGAGACAAGGUUGAGUCUGAGUUCACCCAAUCUGAACAAGAUCAGGUUGGACUUCGUUUAGCCAGCCCAAAAUGUACGCCACCUUCAUCCGAAGAAUCUGAUGAACCUAAUGAACAAGGAUCACCUUUACCUGUAAUUCUAAAUCAAUCAAACUCUUCACUUCCUCCUACAGAACAAUCAAUUAUGUCUGUCUGUGAUGACCGUAACUCACUUAAUGAUGGUUUUAUUAUAGAUGAGGAUCUUGAAAUGUCUCAAAAUGAUGUAUCACAAAUUCGUAGAGACGAACCAAGACACUGUUUGUCAGAUACAGCAAUCAUGUAUGCUAAUGAUUCAACAUACAAUAUUUCAUUGUCACGUUCUAUGUCGCUGGACGCACAGAAAAUUCGUUUAAGAAGGGGCCAACCUAAUUCAGUUAAAACUGGUCUGUUACAUGGGGAAAAAGAAAAUGUAAGGAAAUUGAGGAGAAGUUUUGGACUUGAUAAAUCAGAAAUUGGAGAACCAGUUGCAUUGCUUAUUCCAGACUUGCCACAGAUGCACAAUGCUAAAGAUGUACAUUCUAAUGGGGAAUGUUUAGAAAAGGAGGGAAAUCAACAGAUAAAAAAUAAAAAUGAAUGUAAGGGAUCAGUUAGUUUGGAAUCAACACGUGAAUCAACAGGCUUGCUGGAUAAAGAACCUACCGAACAAUUUGAAAACUGUGAUAGUAAUGUGCAUGUGACAGACACAGUCAAUAAAGAGGUCAAUACCCAAAUCAAAUCAGAUCAGUUAGAUUCAAUCAGUGUUAAACCAAAAAUACAGAAUAGUACUAGCACAGAUAGUUUACUAGUUGGACAGGAAGAUGCUUUCAACAAAUUAGAAAAGAAAACAAUAGCACGUACAUUGUCAACUGAUAGUGGAAAGGGAUCAAUGUUUGAUGUCUCAGAAGUUGGUGAAACAAUAGGAAAUACUAGUCCUUCAAGUCUGAAAAAAACCAUGGAAGUAACGAAGAACCCAAUUAAACAUAAUUCAGAACAAGAUUUAAAGAAGCCAUUGAGAGCAUUUGUUAGUAGAUCUCAGAGUUUGUGUGAACAACCUAAAAAGGCAAUACCAAACAUUACUCCAAACUUACAAAUAUCUAUGGAAACUCACAAACUGUUAUCCAGAGCAGGUUAUCUGGCUUCUAAAACAACAACAUCAGAAGAUAUAAUGGUGAUGGGACCUCCCCCUGCUAAAAUAAAACAGGCUGAGACAGUGAUACCUAAACAUGAAAGUAUCAUGGAGCUACAGACACAGCAGAGGGGCAGAGUAGCUUCUACAGCCAGACAGUUUGAUAGUGAUCAUAAGGAUGUUGCAGAAAGACACACUUCUCCCUAUAGAUUCCCUAAUUCAACUUCAAGAAAACGAGGGGUGUCACCUAUAAGAAUUCCAACAAUAUUUGCCAAGAGUGAUGAAGAAGCAGCUAAAAUGAAGGAUUUGGUCACAGUCACUCAAAAAUCUGGGAAAGGGCAGGCCAAGUUACCCAUAUCCACUCUCUUGUUAAAGCCAACUGAAGAUGUUGCUGCCCCUUCUAACUCUGUGUCUGUACCUAAUGGGUCAAAACUGAAAAGGAAACCUAGUAUCUAUUAUACAGCUGAUCAUAGCAGGCUCAAUGAAUCUUCAAUGUUGUUAGAAAAAGUUACAGAGGAUGAAAGUAUGGACAUUGAUGUUUUUGAACCUGCAGUCCAGUCUGAUAAAGAAAAUAAAGAUUCUCAUUCUAGUGAAUCAUUGCAAACCACUGAUGUUUGUACAGGAAUUCUUGGUAAUGAGAAGAUGGAACAUAAAGAUGGAAUGAUUGAGGGUCAAAAUUUGACACCAUCUAACCCAUCUAAGGUACCUACAAUCAAAAUGCCACUUGCCACUCCACUAGCUGAGAUGGUUGUAUUACGGACUGCCUCUGGAAUGACACCUCGUCAUGUGAUUAAGAAGACGAGAUCACCAAUCAAACCAGUUAAAAGGCUUAGAUCUCCCGGGUCACCUUGUCGGAACUCACCAAGGAAGCAUUCACCUAGGACAAAUAAACAUCUUUUAAGUUCUAUACCUUGUCAUUUGCAAGAAGAAAUGAGUCCACUGUGAUCUGUGCAUGUGAUCAGUUUAUAGUAGAAUAGAUCAUGUUUUUAUCUUAAAUGCCUUUCAGUUAUCAAAUGGUGCUAUUAUAUGAUAAUUUGUUUGAAACUACUGUUUGAUUUGAAUUGCUGAUUUGAAUUUUUUUAUAUCAAUUUUAUCCAGUUUGACUGAAAUAUAUUUUAAGACUUGUUUUAAUGAUUUUGUAAAUCACAAGAUGAUAGUUUGAAUCUUAUGUAUAUUUUAUACCAUAUUUAAAUACUAGCUAAUGGAAAGUUUUUGUUGAAGAAAUUUUUAUUAUAGUGUGUUAUCUGAUAAGUACUUUUAUUGCUUACAUUUCUGUCUAAUGUUAAGAGCUUGUUCGCUUAGACUAUAUACUGUUUUAAGCCAAGGAACCCAGAUUUAUAAUUAUAUAAUAACUUUAGAUAAACAAAUUUCUGUAUUAAAGUUUAAAAAAAUUAUCUGUUUCUGUAGCUAGUUAUUUAAGAUUUUUCUUAUUUGGUAUUAAUUCAUAUAUCCCUAUUUAUUCAGCCAUAGGUUUUACAAAUUAAUAGUAAUUGGAAAUAUUUAUACAUUAAGUGAAAACUUAUAUCUUUUAAAAAUCUAGACAACAUGGUACUACCCGUAUUUUGUGGUCUAAUAAACAGCAUAAUUAACAGUAAUGAUGUCUUGAUUUAAGUGAAGUCAUUAAGCAACAUAAAGGAAUAAGAAGGUUUUUUUUGCACAUGAUGCCAUUGAUAAUAAUUGAUUAAUAAUCAGUCAUGAAGCUUAAAAUAUAGGUCAAGAGCUUUUGAUAAUCCUAAUUAUUAGUUUGUGAGAAAGCCCUGAGAAAAUUGCAUGAAUGUGUUUAUAAGUUUUUAAAUUACAUUUUGUACUGAACUGUGAUAAUUCUACAUGUGUUUGUAUACUUCAAUCGAGAUACUUUUGCUUUCUAAUAUAUUUUGUCAUUUAGGGAAUAUGGUAGCACAUUUCUAAACUAACAGAUUAACAUUGUGUGUUCUAAGACACUUGUCUUCGGUUGAAACCUUGAAGGUUGUAUGUUGACCUCUAAUGUCAUUAUUUAUUUUGUAUUGAGUGGUGGCUGUCUCAUUGGCCAUUAUCCACAAUCACCAUUUGUUGAUAUAUUUUGUUUCAUGCUUGGUGACUGCUGGGUCUAGCCUUUAAACUAAAGCAGUUUUUAAUGAGGAAAAACAAUGAUGGUCGAGUCCAUUUUCUAAAUUUUAAGCUAGCAAUCAAGGCUUAUCUUAUGAUAAAGAGGAGUAUGAAUACAGUGGUCUAAACCAAAGACCAUUUUAUGUCAUUAUUACAAUGUAUUAUUGGGUUUUAUUUAGCCAAAUGUUUUACUGAAAUUUGUACUUUUAAUUUGUUCUUUUUUUUUUUAAAGUUGAGAUAGUAAAAUACUAAUAAUGAAUAAGUCAUCAGCCAUGACCACCUAGAAAAACUGGUUCGAUUUUCGUGUAAAUGCAUAGCUCACAUGAAAAUUUAUAAAAUUUGGAUAUGCUAAAUAAUUCCCAGACACAGGUACAAAACUAUUAAUCUUGUAGUUAUAUUUUAAAACAUUAAAUUGAUGCCAUUUUCAAGAUUUACUAAAGACGAUAGGUUUAAAUAUUUUGAAUAUGUAGUCCUAAUUCAAAUUUAACAUUAUUACAUGAUACAUAUGUACUUCUACUAUAGGCCAAAAAAGGCCCCGGACAUAUGUCUUUAUGGAGAAUAUAUCAUCUGGUUGUAGCCUAUAAAAUAUGCAUUGUUAUAAAGAUGUGACUAUUAUAUAUAUUAUGAUUUUCUUUCUUCUUUCUUUCCUUUUCUAUAUAUCUCUCAUAUUUUAAAGAUAAAUUAUGUCUUAUGGUACAUGUAUCUAUGAAAAAGUCCAUUUUUGAUAGGCAAUUAUUGGAGAUAAUAUCAGUCCUGCAAUUUUUUGUCAUAAUUUUUCAGUAAAUAGUAGGGCAAUAAAAAGUGCCAUCAAAGAAUCACAGUGAUUUUUUUAAGGAUCAUCCCAAAAAGACAUUAAUGUUUCUUGUUUUAGUUAAGAUAUUGAUUAUCAACCAUUUUCCAGAUCACCAAUCAGGCUUGUUUGUAUUUGUUUCUGUAACCACACAUCAGUCUUAAACUUUCUAUAGAAAUAAUGACAUGGUCAGCUUUUAAGCAUCUGUAUUGUACAGUCAUAAGGAAGAUCUGUUUCAGAUAUAAAAGAAAAAACAUAAUACAUAACUAGAUUUAAGGGUUAUAUUGUUAUCUCAAUUAUUUAUUUUGCAAGUUGUGAGGGGAUGGAACUUUUUUCCUACUGAAGGUAUUUAUUGUAUUAUAAUCAAAACCGAUUUAUCAUUUCAGUACUGUGGAUUCAUUAUUAUUAUUGUGGAAUACAAAAUUUGUUGGGUACAAAUAAACCUCUAAUGUGAAUGUAAAUCAAUUUACAAUUUAUUCAUUGGUUUGUAUGCAGACUGGCCAAACUGUCAAAUUAAAUAUCCAUGAAAAUGCAAGAUUUCCUCAAUCCACUAAAAUUGAUACCCAAGAAAAUAAAUGAAUCCACAAUAUUGCUUGAUAAAGUUGUACGAUAAGGGUAAUAAUAUAAAUGCAUAAUCAUGUCAACCAGAUUUGUAAAUUAAACAAGAAUAUAUACUCCA